CAUCCCCCUCCUCCCGGCCGGCGCCGCGCAGGGUCCCGCGGGGCGGCCUCCCCCGGCGGGCGGCGGGGGUGGGGCGGGCAGGGAGGCCCCCGCCCCGGCGGUACCGGGCCCGGCGCUGGGCCGGCAGGGAGGUGCCGGGGAGCUCCGGGGCGGGCUGUGGCACCCCGCGCUGCGCUGCCGCCGGCCCGGGAGGGGACGGCAGCCGGGGGUCCCCGUUCCGCAGCGGCGCGCAGAAAAGGCUUCCAACAGGACAUAAGGAUGAAGCGGUUCAUGGCCAUGUUAAACAGGAAUAAAAACAAGGAUCCCCCACCUGCCAAGCUGCUGGAUCUAGCAGGACAGCUUUGCCAGGACCUCCAGAGCUCGUCUUCUAAUCUGGAGAAGUUGGUUGGGGCCAUGAUGGGAUGCAAACACAAGAUGUCUUUUCUCACAAACAUCCACGUUGUCCGAGCUUGUGUGUUCAUUCAUAUCCGUAACGGGCAGCAUGACACAGCCUGCAGACUCCUGGAGUGUUGCAAGGCAGAAGAGAAGGAGGAGCUGGUGCAACUUUGGCAUGAGGUUCACUACCGGAGGGCUAUGGAGAAACACCGCACGGAUUUUCUGACACCACUGCAGAAAUUCCGUUGCAGGAAGAGGAAUCCACCACCUAUUUCCCUUUGUCCUGAAGGUUUGAAGAAUCGAAACUAUUCAGAUGAAGUACGCCAGCAGCUGCACAGGUUUGCUGCAGAGGUGACAACAAAUCCAAAUAAGAAACAGCGGGAGGGAUUGGCUCGGGACAUGAACUUGCAGCCAAUUCAGGUCUAUAACUGGUUUGCAAAUUACCGACGACGUCAAAAAUCCUGCCUUCCUCGUGCGGAAAAGCUCAACAACUCAUGUCCUGAGAGGCCUUUGACUUACCACACAAAGGAGCGGCAGGAUGAAGAAUCCUACACUCCACAAACUGCAGAUGGAUCUUGUGUGGGCAUCGGCUCUGAGCAAAUAGAGAUGACCCUCGUGCCUUGUGACCCAGGGUGGGAGCAGCCAGCUGCAGAUCUGCAUAAGCCUCCUGAAGGAACAUAUUUAAAGAUGAUGGAAUCCAGCUUUAUGCAGAGCAGUGAGAUGUAUGAAGCGAGGACAAGCGCGGCUGCUUUGACUACUCACAGCGCUGAACAACCUGUAGCUUUUUGUACUGAGGCUGUGCUGGAACCAGGAACCUGCUUUAACUCUGCUGUCCUGCAGCCCAGAGAGGUAGCAAGCAGUACUAAUGCCAGCCCCCAUCUGGAUAACUUUUUCCUCUGCUCUUGUGGGUCCCUUACCUUCCCAGAUGAAUGCCUGGCCGCGUGGCAGGCCCCUUGCAGCAGCAGAGGAGACCCUGGCUCCAUGUGGACCCCAAGUAUAGAAGCAGGUAUCAGAGCUUCCUUGAGCAGAGUCCCUCAAGGUGGCUGUACUGAGGCCAGUUCAGGAGGAAUCAUUCAGCAGUCAGAUUUAGAGGUUGAAAGCUUCAUCCUUAGAGAAAGACAGCUAGGGACCCUGGAAACUAUUCUUCCCCACAGUUCCUGUCAGACUGUGUUUGGCAAGCCUCAGUGCCCACUUGUUUCUGUACCCUGCGUGGAAGAAAGCCAAGCCUGGGGACAACGCCAGGUAAGAACACACCUAAUGUUCAGAGAAAGGAGCUUAGCCCUAUACAUGCUAUCCAGCUGUAGCUCUCACACAGGGGAUGCAAAACCUCACAUCAUAUUUAGGAUGAAACGUGUUUGAUCUAAGCAUACCUUUUGGAAUCCAUUUCAGAGCAAACUGGACAUUCCCUGAGUAGCAUCCAGCAGAUGCUAGGAGAGGUGGUUUUGUUGUUUUUUCCACUUGGAUUGCUUAUCAGACCCUGAUUUUACUAAAUGUGUCGUUGAAAUGAUGACCAAAGCAACCUGUGCAUAUUCAAAGUGUUAUUUAAAUUUUGAGCAAUGAAAAGUUCACCUAGCACUGUGGAAAGAAGAUAUUGGUGAUACCAGCAGAGUUCAAACUGCAUUUUGGGAGCUCAGGUGAAACAGUAACAACAGGAGGAUGGCUGCUUGAGGGUCCUCCCCUCUGAGGGGUUCUGCAGAAUUUGACUGCUCUUUCAGACCACUUAAAAUCUUUCAUGUAAUUUUCAUUUCCAAGUCUGUGUUAUUGAUGAGGAACAGAGAUUUUGUACUGUUUGGAGAUGGCUGAUAGCAGUGUACAGAGCAGUAUUAUAGGACAUGAUAAAAGAAGUUUACUUACUUAAUCUGGAUGCAGCCUGCAUGUUUUCUUAUGGUGAUUUUAAGGCAGUAGAGAACAGAAUUUAGAAAUCUGGUGCUUUCAAGGGGAUGGGAGCACAUCAUCUCUGAAUUAGAUGUUACCUAAGAACAGGACCCAAGAAAGCCCUAUCAGAACUGUACCUUGAGCUAUUUUUUGGCUUCACAUGUGUUGGUCUACUGAUCAGUCAGUCAGCAUCCAUUUCUGUCUCUCUUGCAGUAUAAGCUGCUGGAGAAAACCUUUUUAAAAGAGAUUUUGAAAAGCAGGAGACCAUAUCGGCUGGCCUCAUUAUAGGAAGCGGCUGCAGCUCUGAGGGCAGUAACAGAACCUCUUUUGAGCCUUUGAAAGCAUCGAUAUAAAGAUCUGUAUCUUGGAAAGUGGCCUUUUUACCAGCCAUAAUGUGAGCCAGAUGAGUAGGAAAGCUAUGGGCAUUAAUAAUGAAUGAGCCUUUUCUAAGCUUUCCAGAGCGUGCAGUCUCUGUAGCUAGUUUUCAUCUUGCUAUUUUGCAUUCUUGUACCGAUUUUGCAAUGGUAUAGAAACAUGACACUCAGUGCAGUGUGGGCUGGGGAGCAAGAUCCCAUGUGAUGCUUGCAGAUGUCAGAAGGGGAUGUUUUCAAAUCUUUGUAAUAACUAAUCAGUUCAGAAAUUCAGAAAAGCAAUUUUUGCAUAUCUGAAUACGUGCUAUAGAAAAAGGAAGAGCUCGAAUGGGCAUGAUUUCACAGGAUUCUACAGACUUCCUGGGCACUCUGUUUCUUGCUAAAUCAACUUGCCCUGGGCUUGUUGCAGGAAUAUGCAGUUGUUUGGUUCCUAUGUCUGAACCACAGGGGUGCAGAUGUACGCUUCCUUUUGUCCACACAUGACUUUCAAUUUGGUUUUUGUAGGUCAUGCAUCCCAUCAGAGCCAAAAUGAGAGUAAAACAAAACAAGCAAACAAACAAACAAAAAGUUAAUUCAUUUUGGAGACAUUUCUUUCCUUGCCUGAACAGAGCUCCCUUGUUCAGGUGAUUGGUCCCUUAAUUAUUUCAUCCUGGCCUUACCUUCUGAUAUUUACUUGCUUUUGUAGGAGCCAAUGCCUUGGGCAAAGGCAUUGAGAAAGGCAAAGGCAAGAGAAAAGGCAAGUGCUUUUCUCUGAAUUACUAAGAGUUGAAGUGUGCACUGAUUGUGCUUGACGUUUUUACACUCACGCCCUGUACAGAUGGAUUACUGUACCUGAACUUAAAGGGUAACGAGGACUCUGUCACUUCAUGCAUGCAGCCCUCACCACUGACGCUCCCUGUCAUUGCAGUGUCUUGUGCUACUCUAUAUCUGCCCAACGGAGAUCUUCCGUUGUGAGCAACUGCAUCACUAAAGAUCGUGUGUGGUGAAGCUUUGAUUCCUUCCUGUG